AUGAACAACUCCGUCGCCCAUACGGCGAACGAGCUGCUCAAUGCCAUACUUCAGUCCCCUAGCGGAAGUUGGGGCGACAUCCUGCCGAGUAGUGGUGAUUCGAUAAAUACAGCAGAGAGACGACCCAUUACUGAUCCGGACAAGCUCAAGUUUCUCCGAGAAAUCAUUGCUCUCCUUCUCAACGGGCGCAGGAUUUGUGCAAGCUUCAACUUGACUGUGCUGGCCACUCUGGCAAUACUCACCGCCAUUCACUGGCAACUAAAAUUCAGAAGUAGAAGGCAAAUAAAGCGUCUCGUCAAGGAGACUGCUGAUGCAUCAAAAGCAAGUCCACAGACACCAGACAAACCCAACAAUCAUAAUCGGCAUUUGUCUAUUGAGGGCUCGAGAGAUGAGUUACCUUCCUCGUCCUCGAGUAGCCUACGCACUGGGUCACGAUCGCCCCGCCAGGUAGUCAAGCCAGAGAACCACGAUAUCGAACGGCAGCCGCUGCUGGGCCAUCAGCUGCCGGCUCGGGUACCUCUAGGCGUAUGGAGGACAAUUAGAUGUACGGUCCGGUCCUGGUUAAUGUAUCAACCACGGCCAAUACCCUUUAUCAAUCGCAGCCUGCCUUCGAACGGAACCACCUUGUUCGUCCUCGGCUAUAUCGGCGCCAACAUCUUCCAUCACCUGUAUGGAGGCUCCUUUAGGCCCGAGAUGGAAUUCGUAUUUGCCGACCGUGCUGGCUUCAUGUUUAUUGUCAAUAUGCCCUUGCUAUACCUUCUGGCCGCCAAGAACCAGCCGAUCAAGUUCCUCACGGGCUAUUCCUACGAGGCUCUAAACAUAUUUCACCGUCGAGUCGGUGAAUGGAUGUGCUUCGAGGCCUUUGUCCACUCCCUCGGAAUGCUGCUAGAUCAUCUAUUCUUCACGGUUGAUUGGCUCAAGGAGGGUGAUAUAUGGUUUUUCCUCCGCCAUCCUCUUGUACUGCUCGGCAUUGGCGCCUUCGUCUCUUACGAGCUGCUCUUCUUCACCUCACUUGGCAGUUUUCGCCAAAGAUGGUACGAGACAUUUCUGGCGCUGCACGUGGUUCUCCAAGUCGUGGCGCUGGUGUUUCUCUACUUGCAUUUCUGGACGGCGAGGCCGUACGUGCUUGCCUGCCUGAUCAUAUUCCUCGCCGAUCGUCUGAUUUGGCGGCUAGGACUCAAGUCCACGUCGUUGCAGGCCGAUAUUCGCGUCCUGGAAGACGGCAAUACACUCAUGCUGUCGGCCAAUUGGGAUAUAUUCCAGACCAAACGGACCCUUUUCUGUAGAGUAUUCGGUCCAAGCAUCAUCCAGGGCUGGAGACCAAUGGAUCAUGUUUUCAUCACGGCCCCGAGUCUCGGCCGCACCCAUCGACUGCAAGCACAUCCGUUCACAAUAGCUUCAGCUGCACCAGGAGUCCCGAGUAAAGGCGACGGGAACCCUUUCCAUGCAUGGCUAGCUCUGCUUGUCCGAGCCCAUGACGGAUUCACCCGCGAUCUCUUGCAUUAUGCACAGUCCAACCCCACUAUCAAGCUCCGUGUGGACGGUCCGUAUGGAUCAACUGAUGCAUUGGAAAUGCUUCUCACGAGCGAGAUCUCGGUCUUGGUAGCUGGAGGCUCUGGCAUUGCCGUUGUGUUUCCUCUGGUCUGGGAGCUUGUCCACAAACAGGACCAUAUUUUCCCACAGCGGCAGAUCCAUCUACUAUGGGUGAUUCACUCGAGUUCUCACCGUAGCUGGUUAUCCCAGAACCGAAUCGAGGAUCUGAAACGUGCGGGUGUGCAUAUCACGAUACCACCACCCACGGCUGAAGUGGGACGACCCGAUGUCGACAGCUACAUUGCUGACCUGGCUGAACGCUACUCGCAAUCAGGUGCUGGAAUGGGUCUGGUUGUGUCAGGCCCCGACGCCAUGAAUAGAACAGCCAGAAAUGCAUGCGCAACUGCUGUUCGACGAGGAUACAAUGUCCGAUUGAGCGUUGAAAAGUUUGGUUGGUAA